AUGUGGCGGCUGCUACGUCCACUUUCAUGGAGUACGGAUGAGAGCCUGUCUGCUUCUCCAUCACAGCUCCAGGUUUCUUCCUCGCAGGUCCUGGACUCUUCCUUGCAGGUCCUGGACUCUUCCUUGCAGGUCCUGGACUCUUCCUUGCAGGUCCAGGACUCUUCCUUGCAGGUCCUGGACUCUUCCUUGCAGGUCCUGGACUCUUCCUUGCAGGUCCAGGACUCUUCCUUGCAGGUCCAGGACUCUUCCUUGCAGGUCCUGGACUCUUCCUUGCAGGUCCUGGACUCUUCCUCGCAGGUCCAGGACUCUUCCUCGCAGGUCCAGGACUCUUCCUCACAGGUCCUGGACUCUUCCUCGCAGGUCCUGGACUCUUCCUCGCAGGUCCUGGACUCUUCCUCGCAGGUCCUGGACUCUUCCUUGCAGGUCCUGGACUCUUCCUUGCAGGUCCUGGACUCUUCCUCGCAGGUCCUGGACUCUUCCUUGCAGGUCCUGGACUCUUCCUUGCAGGUCCUGGACUCUUCCUUGCAGGUCCUGGACUCUUCCUCACAGGUCCUGGACUCUUCCUCGCAGGUCCUGGACUCUUCCUCGCAGGUCCUGGACUCUUCCUUGCAGGUCCUGGACUCUUCCUUGCAGGUCCUGGACUCUUCCUUGCAGGUCCUGGACUCUUCCUUGCAGGUCCUGGACUCUUCCUUGCAGGUCCUGGACUCUUCCUCACAGGUCCAGGACUCUUCGUAG